AGGGAAGUUUCCAAAGUGGGCGGAGCUUUCAUAUUUCCGGGUUCUGACUUGAGCAUAUAAGAAGAGCUGCGCAAUGUCAACAGUAGACCCAAAAACGUGUAGAGGAAGACGUUUCCAAGAAGAAGAGUACAUCUGAACACAAACGGGGAUUAUUUGCUGAAAUUUUGACAUUAGUUUAACCGAACGUCUUUGAAACAGGAUGCCUUUCCUCGGACAGGACUGGAGGUCUCCGGGUCAGAGUUGGGUUAAAACUGAGGAGGGAUGGAAAAAGACAACAGCAGAGGACAAAAACAACAAUGUGACAGUGGAGAGGUUGGUCAUAAAAACCGUGUGAGAGGUCAAUGUUUGUGUUACAGCAGUUUUCUUCUGAGCUUCUGAAGUGCGCCAUCACUUGAAAUGUAGUUUUAGACGGAUGGAGGGGGGGGCAGUGGUUGACAUUUUGACUUGAAGCAUCUGUAUAAACAAAGGCAGGGUAUCAAACUGCAGGCCUGCACCUUCGUGAUGUUUUUAUCUCAUUACCUUCAGCGUCUUUUCUGGGGCCAUGUUCCUUUUCCAGACUAAUCACCAAGCUAUUAAUAACCUCAAAACAACUGAGUGGAUUAACAAACGUCAUUUGAGUCCACUUCCCUGAGUCAGUACACUCAUGGCCUGAGCUAAUACUUGAAGCGCAUUUACAACAAAGGAAGUUAAAUAUAUCUUUGAUAGCUUUGUAGCUUAGCUUUGUUUUAAUGCUUGAGAGUGUUUUCUGCCCAGGAGAAAAAAGCUCAUGUUGUUGAAAGAAAGAAACUUCAUGUUGGCUGCUGCUUUAAAGUUUGGACUCUGCACCAAGUUUAGAAGGUGAAGUGAUGCCUUUAAUGAAAUAUGGCUCCUUGUUUGUUUUCCAGAUUCUGCAAAGACAAGGAGGAGGAGGAGUGUUUCAACAAGGAGAACCUGCUUCUCUCUCUCAGCUAUGACAUGGCUGCCAAGAAGAGGAAGAAAGACCUCAUGAACAACAACACCAAGGCCCCCUGUGAGUCUCCACAAAGCAGCUUCACUGUCUGAAAUUGUUUCUGUUAAUAUGCAAAAGUUUACCUUUUGUUUUAAUAAUGUGUAAGGGGGAAUAAUCCCAUGAUAAUACCCCGAAGUUGAGUUUUGAAACAAAAACUAAAGAUGUCAUCUCUCAUGAGGACAUUAUGCAACAUUCAUAAGAGAGCUCUGCCUUGAUAAUAAUGUUGCUUAUGAUUAAUUUUUAGUCAUUUCCAAACAUUUUCUCAAAGUGUAUCACAUUUGAGAUUUGCGUGCCUGUGCAUUUGUCACAAUACUUACAAGAGGCUUAAUGAGAACCGGCAGCGAAUGUAUAACAUUCUGCUCUCUCUCUCUGUCAGAUUUCCACAGGGAGAAGUGGAUCUACGUACACAAAGGAAGCACCAAGGAGGUAACAAACCUACUCGUUAAGAUUCUCAUCAACUUUUCAUAUCAUCAUUGCUAACGUAAACAUGCAGAGAAAACCCUAUACUCCUCACCGAGGACUGCAAUCUAAUACCCUGAUAAUUAAAUUCUCACAGCGCCACGGAUAUUGUACACUGGGAGAGGCCUUCAACCGCUUAGAUUUCUGCAGCGCCAUCAAGGACACCAGGAGAUUUAAUUACGUUGUCAGAGUGAGUUCAUUUCUUUUUUUGUUGUUGUAUUUUUUUUCUUUGUGGUACAUGUUUUGUUACUGGUGAGGAGAGGGUUAACUUUAAGGAGGGUGUGUAGGCUCCUGUCACGCUCUUAUCAAUACCCUGCAGAGUACAGAUGCACUGCCAAGGAGGGUAUCUCUGUGUCCGUGGUGGGGAAAUAGUGUGACAUCUUGCAGUAAGAGCCAUUUGGCAUCCUUGAAUUUGAUCAGACAAAGCUGUUUCUAAAAUUAAUUACUCGCUGCCAAUUAAUGUUUAUAAUCAUGAGUAUAAAACUAAAGCACCUUCCAAACUUCCCACUGUUUCCACCUUAAAUUCACACGGGAUACCAAAUUUAUCCUGAAAGUACCCUGGCUAUGGGAAAGCAGCAACAGUCAUUAUAUCAUUAUCAAUGAUUUAAUUCUAGAUUAUCAACCGGAAAUCACUUGACACAGCUUUUCUUGCCCACUUCAAAGCAUUAUUACACUAAACUGAACACCAGCUCUUCCACAUGUGCUCCCAUGUGAGCUCAGGGUUGCAUGUGGUCCCGCUCUCCAGAGCUGGAGGGGGAGGCAAACUGAGGGAGACGACAGCUGUGCGGUGAGGUGCAACUGCCCGACAGGGGUUUAUGAAACCAGACCUGGCGGUUGUCAGGUGAUCCAGGCCUUCAAAACACUCGCACACAGACAAAUAUAUUUAUCUCUGGCAGACGCAGGCUGUCUUCUAUUGUGUUCUCUCCAGCUCUCUUUUCUCAUCCAGCAUUUGAACUUUUCUUUUCUAUUUAAAUGCCAUCUUGAUAAAUGUGAUGGAACAGCACCAUUCUGGUUCAGCCAGGAGGAGACAGACCAAUUUGAGAUUGUAGGGGAUCAUGUUUAUGUCUGUUUUAUUGCUUUAAUCCUCACGUAUGGAACUUAUAAACAGGGGACCCGUUUUCUUACAUUCAAAAUAUAGAGAACAAAGAAAUCUCACGUCCAAUGAGAAGUGUGCAUUUUAAAUCCUUACAUUUAACUUUCCACUCAUAUCUGCAUCCGUUUGUUUCGGUCUCUGGUGAAGUUUUGGAUUGACCUUUUUAGUGUAGGCUCCAGCUCACAAGUGCAGUGAGGUGUAGAAAGCCCGCAGAACAAUAUGGCUAUGUAACACAAGCGUCCAGUCUGCACACGGUGUCCCAGGUCACUGCUCCUCACCGCUUGUGUCUGAUGGCAUUUGCGGGUUCAUUUAACUCCAUCUCAGUUACACAGAUCAGUUUCUUCCUCCACAAAGACGCAACAAGUGGCCCCUCUCUGAGGACUAAUGGAGGUCAUUUAAAGGAGACGGAAAGCUUAAAAUGAUCUUGUUUUAACAGCUCUAUCACGACAAAACAAGAAGAUGUUGUGCUGUUAACCGUGUUUGCGUGUCUGUGGAAAAGUAUGAGCUGAUGGCAACAUAUGAGGUGCAGUGUAGUGAACAGCAGGAGCUAAAAGUAGAUACGGAAACGCACAUUGUUCUGCCCGGCUGCUCUACAAAGAGAGGAACACUUGAUGAGCCGCUAAAAGAAGAAGGGCAGAGGAUUAUGUUUCGGGAAUGGAGAUGGAAAGAAUGGAAAAAGGGUGCCAGGAAGGGGCAAAGAAGCUUAAAACUGUACAAAAUAACAGGCAGGAAGGUUGAAGAUUUAGGCUUUUAUAAAGAAACAACACACCAACUGUUCCUUCAGGACUUAGCUGAAUACUCACUUACUUUAGUCACACUUUGUUCUUGUAAGUCGUGUUUUUCUUUAACCAUUUUAAUGACUUUCUUAGUAUUGCUGCGUAGGUGCUCACCUUUCAUAACUGACCUGCUGGCUCUGCCAAUAACCUCUCCAGUUUAGCAGGAAGUCCCCCCCCCCCCCUCUUAUGAUGUUGAUAUGAUGACAAGGGUCACAUGCUGGGGUCAGCAUUGAGCAAGAAAAGGACUUGAGUCUCUCCAUGAUGUCACAGCAUCUGUUACAUGCCAGACAUGCCACCCUGGAACUCGCUGCUUGUCCGCUCGCCAACGGCAACAACCUUGCAGACUUGUACACACACACAUACACACAAACACUACUCUCUCAAGUUUGCACACGCAGUCUGUCAAAUGAUUCAGCUAAUUCACAUGACAGCAGGCUCAGGAGUCAAAUGAUUAAAAGCUUGUUUGCAAAGGCUGACGUUGUUGACAGGCCAGGCUGCUGUCCAGCACCUUUCCAGUAGCUUCUCCUCACACAAGAGCCAAGAAAACUGUCGUGAAUCUGUCGUUGCUGUUAGUGACCAAGUGGAAGGGCUCCAAGUUUUGUACUUGACAGCAUUUGUUCUAGGAGUGCUUGUGCUUUUUUGUAAGAAUGCAGCAUAACAAACAUGAAGUAAUGAGGCGAUGGAGCAGACUCCCAGCAGCUGACAGGAUGAAAUUUAUGUUGUGUUUUCUUUUCUUUCUUGCUGUCUCUUUCCCUCCGCCUCCAGCUCUUGGAGCUUAUCGCCAAGUCCCAGCUCCCCUCGCUCAGUGGAGUGGCGCAGAAAAACUACAUGAAUAUUCUGGAGAGGGUGGUACAGAAAGGUGAGCCCAGUCGUUCUUUUAAAGUCACUCAGCUUGUUUGCUUCUCUGUUUCUUUCCUUUUUUUGUGUCAAAUGGUUUCAAAUUUCUGCUGUGAGUUUGUUCUUUUUCCACAUAAACACCAAACUCUUACAGACACAAGAAUACACAGCCAGGGGGCUCUUUCAGUCUCUUUAGGAAAGAUGAUGAGUCCACUCUAUGUUUAAGUGGCCUGACAAUAUGGGAAAUGAAAGAUAAAAACACUGACAAUAGAGGUAGCUUGCACUCACAGGUUGAAAAACUGGCCUCAGUCACAUUUGAAGAAGACCAUGAAGUGAAUUUAAUGCUUUAAAGAGAAAGAAGAAAACACUGACUGUCAGCAGACCUUUCUGCAAGCCACAGUGUAAACUAAAUGUUCCUUCAGCUAAACACAGAUUCAGCUUGUUUAGGCGGCGUUAUGAAACGACUUACAAGCUUCGCAGGAGAGUUUAACUGCUCCAAAACAUUAGAUUUAAUGAUGGAGUGUGAAAUGAUUCAUCAUAAAUAUUCUCUGCUUGGAAGUUGGCCCAGUAGAGACUCAUCUUUCUAGCUGUAAAUUUAGCCCACUGCUUGGUUUGUGGUUGGAUCAGUACAUCGAAGUCACUGAUAAACUUCUGAUUUCUGUUUUAGUCCUCGAUGACCAGCAGAAUGUUCGUCCCAUCAAGGAGCUGCUGCAGACGCUCUACGUCUCGCUGUGCGUUCUUGUCCAGGACAUGGGCAAGUCUGUGCUGGUGGGGAACAUCAACAUGUGGGUGCACCGCAUGGAGAACAUCAUGCAGUGGCAGCAGCAGCUGGACAACAUCCAGAUCAACAGGGUAAACAUCCACCCCAAACGCAGACUCUGGUAAAUCAUAGAGCGUUUAUGAAAGAAAAUUUACAGUUUUCUCUGCCUCUUUUUUCCUCCAGCCCACAUCUACAGGCAUGACCCUGACCGACCUGCCCGCCAGUCUGCAACUAAACAUCAUGCAGCGUCUCUCUGAUGGCCGAGACCUGGUCAGCCUGGGCCAGGUGUGCCCUGAGCUGGGCCCCCUUACCGAGGACCGGCUACUGUGGAAGAGGCUCUGCCAGUACCACUUCACAGACAGACAGGCAUGUAGAGGCAUAUCUCCAUCCAGGCAUGCAGUCGCGCUGCCUUCCUCUUUGUCCCUAAACUGUGCCACUGCCUCAGCUGACCUGCAGGUUUCAGACCUGUGACGAUUAAAUAAGAUAGCAGAACAGACAGACAUGUCACCAAAGUCGCUGCACAACGAGGUCAAGCACCUCUGAUAAACAUGAUUUGCUGCUGGAAAGUGCACUGUGUAAGCUUGAAGCAUACCCUUGACAAUGAAGCUUGGUGGUCUCAGUGUUAAAGCUUAAGUAGGUUAAAGUAAAGCUCCCCUUACAAGUUACAGUAGUUAAGCUGAUUUAUGUAUUGUUUUUAAUCCAUCGUAAAUGCGUUUCUCUCAACCCCACUGAUCAACAAAAUCAAAGUUUUACAAGGAUUCAAUCACGACCGCUCAUGUUUAAAUUUUGCAUACUUUUUGCUAUUUUUAAAAGUUCCUAAAAAACUCAAACUCUACACAUUUAAAAGCUAUAGAAAGUGUGAAAAUCACAUAAAAACAGAAAAAAAAACAGAUGCAUUUUUAAGAAAAGACAUCUGGUUAAGACAAAAAGACACGAAAGAGGACACCAGACUAGAUCACGAUCAUAGAAUGGUGCUAAAAAUGCACAAAGGUGUGCAAAACUUCCAGGGGUAGACCCCAGACCCUCUUUUUCGUGAUGGUGCAAACAAUUGCAUACCGUUUGCCAAAAUCAUAUAACUUAAAAAUAAACUUACCUUGCAAAACAUCCACCUUCAAGGUUGUCUGUAGUGGCGAGUUAAGGUCAGAGAGAAGUUCUCAUGAAACCUGGCAUUAAAGAAGAUAUUUCAAAAGUCUUUUUGUCUUCUGGAGUCAUGUCCUAAAGUCCGAUUUCCUCCUCUUCAGAUCCGAAAGCGCCUGAUGGUGUCAGAUAAAGGUCACCUGGAGUGGAAGAAGAUGUACUUUAAGUUGAGCCGCUGCUAUCCUCACAGAGAGCAAUACAGUGACACUCUGCACUUCUGCACACAUUGCCACAUCCUUUUCUGGCAGGUAGGGUGUGUUUUUUUAUCUCCAUCAAAGCGAAAGUAAAGCCAGGCUUGGAAGAUAAACCAGAAUAAAUAAUGUAAUAUCGAUCUUCUGUUUGUUUCUCCAGGACACAAACCAUCCCUGCACAGCCAACAACCCAGAAAGUUGCACCAUGUCACUCUCUCCUCAAGACUUCAUCAACCUCUUUAACUUCUGACCCCUCCCCUGAUCCACAUGAACUGACUGUACAUACUGUACAUAGAGAUGUACAAUGUUGUUUUUCUUUUAUAGCACAAUGGAUACGUAUGUCGUUGAGGUGUGAUUGCAGACAGCAGGACAAUUAUGCAAUUGAGUUUGUUUUGAUAGAGUACAGAGGCCUGUGGGAGAGUUCACAGUGGAAGCGAGUGAGUGUGACGGAGAGGAAAAAAGAUGUAGCAGCAAACAGUGUGUGGAUGGAGGAGGGCAGAAGAGUGGAGAAAGGGAAGAGCUGUCAGAGUCAAGUCUUCUCUUAGUGAUUUUGAAGAUGACACAACUUUUGAUGUUUUUUUAAGAAUUUGGUUUUAUUAUAUUUUAUCUUUUUGUCUUUCGAAGCUUUUAAUAGUUUCAACACAAUAAGUAGGAAAAUUGAAUGUGUCAUCAAAGUUUGGAACUGUGUUAUCUUUUUAAAGGCCCGCACAAAUGUUGAGAUGCAGUGUGUUUAAUGUGGGGUAAAGGUAAAGGUUUAGCAGGGGAGUAGAAAGCGAAUUUCGGUAGUUACAAACCCUGGGAGAUAAUAAAUGUAAGGACGGAGUGAGUCACUGAAUUUUCCGAGUGCUACUUCUUUGAUAUGUUGAUAGUCACACCAGAGUAUGUUUUCUAUCUUUCUUGUUGUUUUUUCACUUUUAUAAAGAUUUGAUAUGACUUUUUUUGAAAAUCAUUGUGGGUUAAUUCUUUCAGCUGUGGCUGCUAUCGCGACAGCACCUGAGUGCAGUAUUACCAAAAAAUAUCAAGAGUCAGUAUAACAAUGGUGUGUGUGCCUUCUCAUGAAACUUGAAACCGGUACAGUUUGAUCCGUGUUUGUGUCUUCAGAUCCUGAUGCUGUUUUGUUUUUCCAUCAUCAGUGAAUAUCUCACUUAUAGCAGAGUGUUACUAAGAUCUGAGGCACCAAAUGUGACCUUUAGCUACAUGUUACUUUCUGUAGCCUCCUGCAUGUUUUUUUAAACACCCAUCGAAAUGAGUUUACGUAUUUAUUUAUUGAGUUAAAGGCAAGUGGCUCAGCUUGCACUGUUGGGUUCGAAGGAAUAGGAUUAUAGGACAAAAGGUGCAAUUUUGACCCCCGAGUUUCCUUGAUUACUGCUCAGACAGCGAGGAAUAAUGUACAUGCUAUGCAAUGCAUUCUGUUUAUGUUCUGUUGAAUUAAUAAAUGAAAAUAACCACAGCUC